CGGUCCGCUUUCUUCUCUCCCUCAGUGUUUGUUGGGAAGACAGUAAGAGGGCAACGGGUGGGUGUCGGUGUUAACCUACCUGUCAAGCUGCGGAAUAACGUUACCAGCCGAACAUCGUGGAUUAUGCGCGUUUCGAGUAGCAGACCUCUAAACGGUAUCUUCGCGCGUCAGGCAUGGAUGUGAGCGGGGCGGCGUGGAGGGAAGAGGGGGAUUUAAAUUUAUCCUUCGGUCCCGACCGCUUCUUCUGAUUUGAAACGUAGUUGUAGGCGUUUAGGAGUUUGUGUUUUUCCUGGACAGCGGAGGUAGUGAAGUGAAAACGGCUCUCGGAGUCGGGACUGACCCCUGGAGUUGGUCCUGAAAAUGGAGGCUGUUAUCGAGAAGGAAUGCAGCGCGCUCGGAGGACUCUUCCAAACUGUUAUCGCAGACAUGAAAAGCAGCUACCCCAUUUGGGAGGAUUUUAUCAGCAAAGCAGGCAAACUGCAGUCACAGCUCAGGGCGACGGUGGUUUCUGUGGCUGCCUUCCUAGAUGCAUUUCAGAAAGUGGCUGACUUGGCUACCAACUCUAGAGGUGGCACAAGAGACAUUGGAUCAGCAUUGACCAGGAUGUGUAUGAGACAUCGCAGCAUCGAGGCUAAACUCAAACAGUUCUCCACGGGCUUCCUCGAGGGUCUGAUCAACCCUCUGCAAGAACAGAUGGAGGAGUGGAAAAGAGGAGUCAACACUUUGGACAAGGACCAUGCAAAAGAGUACAAAAGAGCUCGGCAGGAAAUUAAGAAGAAGUCCUCGGACACACUGAAACUCCAGAAGAAAGCAAAGAAAGCUGAUAAUCUAGGUCGGGGUGAUAUCCAACCCCAGUUGGACAGCGCCAUGCAGGAUGUCAGUGACAAAUACAUUCUGCUGGAAGAGACAGAGAAGCAGGCCCUGAGGAAGGCUCUUAUAGAGGAGAGACAGAGAUUUUGCUGUUUUGUUGCCAUGCUGCGGCCUAUAGUGGAUGAGGAGAUUUCUAUGUUGGGAGAGGUUACCCACCUCCAGACCAUCUCUGAUGACCUCAAAGCCUUGACCUCAGACCCUCAUAAGCUUCCUCCUGCUAGUGAACAGGUGAUCUUGGACUUGAAGGGCUCAGACUAUGGUUGGUCAUAUCAAACUCCGCCCUCAUCCCCCAGCACCACAUUGUCCAGGAAGUCUAGCAUGUGCAGUAGUCUGAACAGCGUUAACAGUAGUGACUCCAGGGGAUCCAGUGGCUCUCACUCUCAUUCUCCUUCCUCCUCUUCUUCCUCCUCUUCCUCACACCACCUCUUCCACCACCAUCACCCUCGCCAUCGAUACCGCAGCUCCACGCUACCCCAGCAGACCCCAGCUCGGCUUCCUAGCAUCUCCUCCCACGACUCGGGCUUCAUUUCCUCAUCACAAGACCAAUACACAUCAUCCAAGUCAUCCUCACCACUGCCAGCUGAAAAAAAGGCUUGUCCCAUUUCCAACUCCUCUGAGAUGUCAGAGACUGGGCUGCUGCACAGUGACUGCAGCUCCCCUUCUUCACUAGCUGCUACUACUGCACCUCAGCACACUACUGACAAGUUGUCCAAUGGUUUCGACCACUACAGCCCAGGCAGUUCCCCGUACCUGCAUAGCAACGGGGGAAGUUUGGGCUCAAUGUCAAGCACUGCCUUCCCCUUCUUCCCUCCUUCCUCCUCAACCUCCACCUCCUGCCCCACUCGUUCAUGGUCACGUCCUGCAUCAGCCUUGCUGCCAGACUACCCUCCCUACUGCACAUUGGGUUCCCCGAUGAUGCCGUCAUCACGAGUCCCCAGCUGGAAGGACUGGGCAAAGCCCGGGCCUUAUGACCAGCCUAUGGUCAACACACUACGGAGGAAGAAAGACAAGGAAACUCCAGCUGUGAUGGACAGUAAUGGGACUAUGAACAGCGAUAACAGCCCUCCCUCUGCCCAGACCUCAGCACCAGCGCCGGCUGCACAUCAAACGCCAAGCCAAUCAGCAUUAGUGCAAGAGAAGAACAGGAAUACGUCUGCAGCUGUCGGGGCUCCUGGGGAUAUUGAGGCCCAGGAUGAAUUGACUCUGGCCUUAUCCAGAGGUCUGGAGCUGGACACCCAGAGGUCGAGUAGAGACUCUAUCCAGUGCUCCAGUGGGUACAGCACACAGACCAACACACCCUGCUGCUCUGAAGAUACUAUACCAUCACAAGUGUCAGACUAUGACUAUUUCUCAAUGGCUGGAGACCCAGAGUCUGAGCAGCAGCAGUCUGACUUUGAUAAGUCCUCCACCAUCCCCAGAAACAGUGAUAUCACUCAGUCCUACAGACGUAUGUUCCAGGCCAAACGGCCAGCCUCCACAGCCGGCCUCCCCAGCAGUCAGGCUCCUUAUCCAGGCCCGGGGGCCUACCACACAGGGCCUUAUCCCUCCACGCCAAUCCACACAGGCGCCUAUCCAUCUACUCCUACUACACACUAUCCUCCUACCCCUACAGGCCAUGGUCCAGUUAUUGUCACCCCUGGAGUUGCCACAAUUCGCCGCACACCUUCCUCGAAACCUUCUGCCCGUCGUUCAGGCUCUGUUACAGGUGCAGGCCCCAUUCCAAUUCGCACUCCUGUUAUUCCCGUAAAGAUCCCCACGGUGCCUGAUAUGCCAGGAGCUGUUAAUGGGAACAGGAGCGUAGAGGAGAUGGGAGGCAGAGAAGAAUCUCCCAGUUCUCCAACAUUUGGAGGAGGGGAGGAUCCCGGCACGUUACCGAUGGUGUCCUGGAGCGGUCAGGCCACAACUAACCCUCCCAGUCUAUCCAACCAGCUGAUCCAGCAGCACCUUCAGAGUGAGAUCAGACAGGCGGGAGGUGGAGAUGAGUCAGGAGAACAAGAAGAAGGAGACAUGCUGGUGGCCAUCCGCAAAGGGGUCAAGCUCAAGAGAACCUUGACCAACGAUCGCUCUGCACCACGCAUUGCAUGAUUAGGCAAAGGUUGCAGGAGACACGUGACUUCAUUGCAUUUGUAAAUUAGAUCAAAAGCUUUAGAAAAAAAAUGUUGCUGAUUAGAAAUGCAAUGUACUAAAUUAAAAGGUUUCUUAAGCCACUACGAGAAAUCAGUUGUACCUACUAACUUAUCACCUGUGUAAAUCCCCUGCUAGAAACACCAUUUACAAGCACUCAAAAAAAA